ACUUUUCAAACUUCUCAGAAACAAGAGUCAGAUCACAGAGAGAGAGAGCGAUAAAUGAUGAAGGUUACUUCACCGGAGUAUCCGGCGCGCCAAUCAAACGUUUUCUACGUUACAAUAUCAUCGAUUCUGACUCUUCUCGCAAGGCAAGCCAGCCGUUUAACGAGAAAAGCUAAAUUAUCAACGACGAAGCCGAUUAAUGACGCCGAUGACAACGAGUGGAGAAUCGAUCUUAAGUCGCCGAAAUCGCGACCGAAGAAAUUGCUAAGUAACAUAAGCAACAAAGCUCUGUUGCAAUUCCUGAAGAAGAAGCGAGGGAAGGAAAGGGAUGAGAAAUUAGAAGGUUGGGGAAACGGCGGCGUUUGGCAGAAAGAGAUAUUGAUGGGAGGUAAGUGUGAGCCGUUGGAUUUCUCCGGUGUGAUUUACUACGAUAUUAACGGAAAACCGACGGGUGAAAUUCCUUUGAGGUCUCCACGCGCUAGUCCUUUGCCUGGUUAUCUCACUCGCCAUUGAAUUCAAUGUUAUCGCGAAUCGUAUGCUACUUGCACAAAUUACUACCAACUAGGAGAUGAAAUUAAAUUAGAUAUACUAUAGAUGCACGUGACUUGUUGUCGAUCGCACGUGGCUCUCAUUUUUAGUUUUUCUUUCUUAAUACUGUUUUUUUUUUUUUUUAAGUAUAAUUGAAAAUUUAGAAUUAAUAGCGUGUGUUUGUUGUUGGUUGAUGAAAAGUGAAAAAUUUUGUAUGGAGUUUGUGCGAAUAUUGUGAGCCUCUGGCCUCUUUGUGUGAAAUGAAAAUAAUAUUUAAUCAAUAUAACAUAGAUAA